AUGGAUACUAAAAAAGAAGAGCUGGAGCUUCUGCUACAGGCGAGCUAUUCACUUUCGGACACCACACUUCAAGCGUACGACGUCUACAGCAAGAUCCAUACUGUCAAACUUCAAUACGUACUGUACAAAGAGAAAGUUGGGAUUCGACCAGGUCAGAUUUCUCGUCUGGUUGACGGUCAUAUCACGAAAUACGGACUACCGUUGGAGCACACGGCUCAGUGUACCGUGUUGCUUAAAUUCGGUUCGCUCACCUAUACUGAACUGCAGUCGUUCAUCUCCACCAUAGAAGACAUCCUUUUCAAAUGUCCUGCGAAACGCGAGACGAAGCCAGUUUACAAGCAAGAUGAAGUACAGAUUCACUGUUACGACGAAUACUCUGCCUUUAUUGAUAAGGAAGGCAUUCUAUCUCAACAGAAGGCGCGUGUAAGACUUUUUUGUCUUGCCUUUGUUACGGGAUCUCCUAUUCUUGAAAUUGGUCUUAACGACAGGAGAAGACAAGGAAAGGAAAUCGUGAGGCGUAAGGAUAUUCUGCCGAUGUAUACAGAGAGAUGGAUUCGAUUCGAAGAAGUUGAAUUCCAUUCAACUGUCGACACGGCUGCAUUCGAAAAAGAACAGGUUAUUCGACUCAGUCCGCCGGAUAGCUGCUUCUUCGAGGUACGUUUUGUGAAGCUACACUGUUUUUAUAAACUUUCUAAUCAUUACUGUUAUUUUUAG